AUGAACACUGAUAACGACGUCGUUUCCCUUACCAACCUCCCAGCCCAGCGCUGUGUGUCCGUAGUUUCCUCUCAAGGAAGUGGCAGCUCCGACAACUCUGUGUGCUCUGGUGCCGACACUACUACUGAAAGUCCCUUUAUGACAUUGGUGGAUGCUGCUACCUCCAUCCUGGACCGAAAAGCAAUCGCCGUCGAAGCCGCCAAGGCUGCGGCUCCUGUUUCUCCCUCCUCUCCCAAGAUUCCUUUAGCCGUAGAAGUCAAGUCUCCCGCCAGUCCUACAAGUGCCAGAGCAGCGCCCAAGGGCAAGGAUGAUUGCAACAAGAAGCAAACCUUUGCCGAGCUGUUGAUGACUGUGCUGGAAGAUCCGGCUCACCAAGAUAUUAUGACGUGGAUGCCUGAUGGAAAAGCCUUUACCAUUAGGAACCACAAGAGGUUCACAAUGGAGUUGAUGCCCAAACUGUUCAACAUUCGCAACAUGUCUUCCUUUGUGCGAAAGUUGGGCCGAUGGGGAUUCCAACGAGUGCACGAGAAGGAAACUCGCAACUCGGACAUCUUCAAGCACAAGAACUUUCAGCAAGGCAACUGGGAGCUCUGUAAGAGCGUCAAGUGCGUGGGACGUCUUUUCGGAGCAAGCAACAAGGCGUCUCCUGCAUCUCCCAGCAAGAACGUCAUUGACCUGGUCAACAACACUCCUGGACGUGUUCCUCUUCCAUCUCCAGCUACGCGAUCGCCUAGCAUGGUUUCCAGGAUUCCAAGUCCUCCAAUGCUCGUCACGCCUCCUACUGGUGACAAGGCUCUGCUACGCUUGGAACACGCCCGCCGCUGGUCGGCUCACACUCGAACUUCAAUUUUCCGAGGUGGCAAGGAACUCGACAGCAUGACCAACGAAGUUGUGGAAGCAGCCAUCGAGACGUUGCGUCGUGAUGAAGAAACCUUGCGUGGUGCCAGUUCUUCUGGUAAUGCCAGCGGCGACGAUGACGACGAAGAAGAAACUGUGAUUGUCGCCAUGCCCAAAAAGUACCUCCAAUCUCGCCGUGCCCCUCCUGGAAUGCGCGUCUUGUCUUCCCGCAACGGCAGCUUUACAUACCAUCCCUAUGAUGCCCGACGAUCAUCAUAUCAUCAACAGCAGAGAGCUCGAGGACCACGAUCGUCGUUAGUCAUGACUCGUCCCGUGCAACUCAACACUCGCCCAACCCAAAGCGGUGCUGGACCAGCCCCCGCCGGUCCAACCACUGCUGCCCCCGCCAUGAUGAUGGCGCCAUAUGGUGGAAGACCUGUGCCCCAGGAAUGGGCCAUAAGCCGUAGCACCAGCUACCCUUCGCCUUCGCACUACCGAUGA